GUACGGGUUAGCAGUGUGAAGAGACACUUCCUUCCUUUCAACCUCCUUUACAUGAGUUGUUCUGCGAAGAGGAACGAAGACAAAGAGGAAGAGUGAGUUCAGAGACGCUCGGCAGAGAUCACCGUGGUGAGAAGAGAGCAGGAGAACAGACCAAGAGACGUGAAACAAGCGGCACCGGACUUAAAUGACCACGUUUAAACGUUUGUUCUUGUUAAAGGAAAAGAGACAGACUGUCUCCAUUGUCAAAUCAGGAUGUAUGUUCUCAUCUGUGCGACUCUGCUCUUCUCUGUGAGACGCAUCACUGCUGCCACAGUACAAAACGCAUCAGUUCCUGAUAGAAGUUCCACAAAUGUUGGAUUGAACCAGUUUGCAGUUUCUCCAGAGAUCAGUAACCAAACCUCUGGUGAUUGUGUGAGCAACAAUGUGACCGGGGAAGCAGAGCAGACCCUCACAGAUCUCCUUUACUCAUUUCUCAUCAGCUUCAAAAACCUGCACGUCCUCAUUGCGUUUUUCAUCGGGAUUCUCCUUUCAGCAACCAUCUGCUGUUUGGCCCUAAAAUGCUGCAGAAACCAACAGAAGACCUCUGGUGGAAUGACUCUGGAGAUGGUGACCACUCAAUCGGUUCCACUGAUGGAUCCUCAUCAAGCAGCGGAAAGCGACAGGAUCCGCGGCCCAGAAGGUGACGUGCAGCCCAGAGAGGUGGAGUACUCGGACAUCGACUUUUCCUUGGUGAAAAGAAAGCGUGCCGGAGGGGCCGAGGAUACGCGGGAGACCCCAGAUCCAGAGUACGCCGAGAUCAACAACAAGGGAACGGAGGAGAGGCAAAGUGAUGGUGCUGAGGACAGUGAAGUGAUGGAGGGCCGGGAAGAGGAGGAGGAGGAAGAGGAGGAGGAGGCCAUAGGGGAAGAUAAGGAGACAGAAGAGUGUGUGCUGAAGGAGGAGGGUGGAGGUGAGGAUGUUUACUCUAAUGUCCAUGAAAUAAUGGGGGAGAGUCAGGGGCCGUGAAGCUCGAUGGAGGGACUUUUCUUAAUAAACAGGGUGAGCUUCAGCGACGGGGUCGAUAUAGUGCAGAAAUGCAUGUUUUAGAUGUGAUGCUGAGUGUUUGUGUGUGAGGUGGAUUUCCUUUUACAGAAAGUGCAAAUGACACAUAAACAGUAAAACAUCACAUAGUAUGUAAUAAGUGUUUUUUAAAGGUGGAGGAAAGAGAAAUAAAUAUCUAAAAACAUGCUCAGUAGAAUUAGUCAAAUAAGCAGGAAGGACAGACAGGCAGCAGCAGCAGGGGAAAUGCAGCUCAUCUUGUUCCAAAGUGCCCUUUGUUAUGAAGUGAAGUGACUGAGUGAGCAGGGUAAGGCACCGGAGCCCAAAUACUUCUCUCAUUUACACCAUAAAAGCUUGUUUGAAUGCCCUCUAUUGAUAUGAAAUAUUCAAACUUAGAUGCCUAAAUGUACAUUGCACAGAAAUAAAAGCUCCUUCCAGCAAUGAAAA